AUGGGUGGGUGGAAUAAUGGUAGUUGGAAUUGGGGGGAUCUUGGUAUUUCGAUGGUGGGUAGGGACGCGGUCUUUUUAGAUUCUCUUUCGGUGUUGAAGAAUUUAUUGGACUCUUUUGGUAGUUUAAAUACUUCCAAAGAUUGUGUGGUUUGGUCUUUGGAUUUGGAAAAAAGAUACACGGUUGCUUCUUGUUAUGGUUUGUAUGCUUCUAGGCGUAUCCCUUAUGGACCUCCGACUAAGGGUGAGGAGGCCUUUAAUUUAUUGUGGAAAACGGAAGUUCCGUAUAAGAUUAAAGCGUUUGGUUGGAGGCUCUUUUUGAAUAGGUUACCUACCAAAGAUUCAUUGGCGCAUAGAGGUUUAGCUUUCACAAAUAAUAAUUUAAAUUGUAUUUUUUGUGAAGCUCAUGUGGAAGAGGUGGAUCAUCUAUUUUCUAAAUGCAUUGUGAUUAAUUUGGUUUGGAAUGAAAUUGCUUCGUGGGUGGGUUUUGCGGGUUGGAGGGAGGAAGAUUGCGCCUCUUUUUUUGUGGAUUGGCAUUCCUUGAGUCGUGGUAAAAAGCUUAAUAGCGGCAAAUUGGGGGUGCUUUGGUUAGCCACAGCUUGGAUUGUUUGGUUAACUAGGAAUGCUUUUUGUUUUAGGGAGGAAGUGUGGAACAUAAAUAAUAUGGUUUGGAGUAUCAAGUUCUUGGUUUGGAGGUGGUCUUCAUAUGGCAAUAUUACAUAUUCCAAUUGUUGUUUUUACGAUUUUUACAAAGAUCCUUUGUAUUUUAUGUCGUAA